AGCAGCACCAGCAGCAGCAGCAGCAGCAGGAGCAGCAGCAGCAGCACAGCUGGCCGUGCGGGUGGCCGCGCCGCCGGCGAUAACCUCCCGGCACCUCCGCUCGCCGCCUUCCUCCCUCCCUCCUUCCCUCCUCCUCCUCCUCCCUCUCCUCCUCCUCCUCCUCUCCCCCCCCGCCGCCGCUCGCUCCCCGCUUCAUGUUUUGGAGAGCCUCGAGGGGGAUUGGCUGGGGGCGAGGAGGGACGCUCGCCGGGGCUCGCCGCUCGCCCGCUACAUGCCGGCGCCCCCUCCUCCCCCCGGCGGCCCUCUGAAAAGUAUCCCGCCGGGACCCCGGAGGGGACUGCGUGCGCGGCGGGGGCAGGCUCCAAACUUCUUCCAAAAUAGUGCGCGCGGGGCAGGCGAUGGGGGAUUUCGCGGCCCCCGCCGCCGCCUCCAACGGCGGGGGCAUCUGCAUCAACAAUAACCUGGGCGGCGGGCUCGGCGGGGCCGCUCUCGGGGUCGGCGGCGCCCCCCACGGCCCGCCCGCCGCCGCCCCCGGGAACAAUGCUGCCGGCGGCGGCGUCCCCAAGCACAGCACGGUGGUGGAGCGGCUGCGGCAGCGCAUCGAGGGCUGCCGGCGGCACCAUGUCAGCUGCGAGAGCAGGUACCAGCAAGCCCAGGCGGAGCAGCUGGAGCUGGAGCGCAGGGACACGGUGAGCCUCUACCAGAGGACGCUGGAGCAGAGGGCCAAGAAGACGGGCGCCAAGCAGCAGCAGCAGCAGCAGCAGCAGCAGGGCAAGCAGCAGCAGGAUGCCGAGCCCGCCGCGGCGGAGCAGAGGAACCACACGCUGAUCAUGCUUCAAGAGACAGUGAAAAGGAAGUUGGAAGGCGCACGUUCACCUAUCAAUGGAGAGCAGCAGAAUGGAGUUUGUGAUGGCAGCUUUUCUCCAACCAGCAAGCGGAUACGGAAGGAUGUACCAGGCAUCGAGGCAAUCAACAGCUUGCCUAAUAAUUUGCCUUUGCCUGCUGCUUCUCCUCUUCACCAGCUUGACAUGAAAGCGUCCCUGCCCUUGCAGAACAGUGGAACUCACGGUAGUGGGCUAGAAGACUUGGGUAAAAACGGCGGGCUUUCGGAGAUAAAGCUCCCUGUUAAUGGUUGCAAUGAGCUAGACGAUGGUUUUAACAUCCUGCAGAACAAGGAGCUAAAGCAAGAGCCUUUGGAUGACCCUACCUGCAUAGAUACUUCAGAAACAUCUCUUUCAAAUCAGAAUAAGCUUUUCUCGGACAUUAAUCUGAAUGAUCAGGAGUGGCAGGAGCUAAUAGAUGAACUAGCGAACACUGUUCCAGAAGAUGACAUACAGGAUUUGUUCAAUGAAGACUUUGAAGAGAAGAAGGAGCCAGAAUUCCCCAGGCCUGCCACAGAGACUCAAGAGAGUGCAAGUGUUAAAAGUGAUCCAUCUCAUUCCCCAUUUGCUCAUGUUCCAUUAGGAUCUCCCCAGGUGAGGCCUUCGUCUUCUGGUCCUCCGUUCUCAAAUGUUUCCACAGCCUCUAGUAUAACUUCCGUAUCCAGCGCUCCACCAGCUCCAAUCCAGGCAGGCUCACCAGCAAACUGUGUUGUUCAAUCACCUCAAACUCCCAACCAGGCCCUCACGCCAGGCCAAACUCAGACGCGAUCUGGAAAUGGCUAUCUUAUGAAUCCAGCAGCAGCAACUGUGGCAGGAUCAGGGCCUGGGCCUGUGAAUAUGCCAACUACGGACUUGUCUCCGGCUGAGCAGCUCAAGCAAAUGGCUGCACAGCAGCAGCAAAGAGCCAAGCUCAUGCAGCAGAAACAGCAGCAGCAGCAGCAGCAUCCAAAUCAAGCCUCAAGUUGGUCACCUGUCGGCCCUCCAUCUAGUCCGUAUGGAGGACCUUUCAGUGCAGACAAACCAAAUAGUCCAAUGAUGUAUCCCCAAGCCUUUAACAACCAAAACCCAAUAGUGCCUCCUAUGGCAAACAAUCCACAGAAGACCACAAUUAAUAACUACCUCCCUCAGAAUCACAUGAAUAUGAUCAAUCAGCAGCCAAAUAACCUGGGCACAAACUCGUUAAGCAAACAGCCCAAUAUGCUUUCUUAUGGCAACACCAAACCUCUGACCCACUUCAAUGCUGAGCUGAGCCAGAGGAUGACCCCACCAAUGGCAAAUCCCAGCAAGAACCCCAUGAUGCCAUACAUACAGCAGCAGCAGUCCCAGCAGCCCCAGAUGCAAGCUCAGAUGGCACACCUGAGUGAGGAACAGAAACGCAUGCUCAUCAUGAAGCAGAAAGGAAUGAUGAACCAGCCCAUGGCAUAUGCAACACUUCCUUCCCUCGGUCAGGAGCAGCACCAAGUGGGAUUGUCUCGGACCACAGCACCUAUGCAGCCUUCAGUCCCACCGGGCUCCAGCAGCGUGGUCACAGGCACGAGCUCUGGGGGUCCCUUCCUGGGAAACCAACCGCAAGCAGCCAUCAUGAAGCAGAUGCUGAUUGAGCAGAGAGCCCAGCUCCAUGUGAUAGAGCAGCAGAAGCAACAGUUUCUCAGAGAGCAGAGGCAGCAGCAGCAGCAGAUCCUAGCAGAGCAGCAGUUGCAGCAGCAGUCACAUUUGCCUCGGCAGCACCUGCAGCAACAGCGGAGCCCGUAUCCAGUGCAACAGGUCAAUCAGUUCCAAGGUUCUCCCCAGGAUAUAGCAGCUGUGAGAAACCAAGCAGCACUCCAGAGCAUGAGGACGUCCCGAAUGAUGGCCCAGAAUGCGAGCAUGAUGGCGAUGGGUCCUUCCCAGAACCCGAGCACACUGCCCACCACAGCAGGCCAGUCAGACAUGAGCAUGGCUCCUUACAGCAACGCCUCUUCCAGCCAGCCAGGAAUGUACAGUAUGAGCACAGGGAUGAGCCAAAUGUUGCAGCACCCAAACCAAAGUGGCAUGAACAUGGCACAUAACGCAGGCCAGGGAACAAGGCAGCCUGCCUCUGGACAAGCGGUGGGAAUGGUCAGCAAUUUUGGUCAGAACAUGCUGGUAAACUCUGCUCUUCCCCAGCAUCAGCAGCAGAUGAAAGGACCGGUGGGCCAGGUCUUACCCAGGCCACAGGCACCACGACUUCAAAACCUGAUGGGGACUGUCCCACAAGGAACACAAAACUGGCAGCAGCGAGGCUUGCAAGGCAUACCUGGAAGGACUAGCAGCGAAAUUGGGCCUUUCAAUAAUGGCACAACAUACCCAAUGCAGCCCGGACAGCCAAGGCUGUCCAAGCAGCAUUUCCCGCAGGGACUUAACCAGACAGUUGUGGACACGAGUGGAACAGUGAGAGCCCUGAACCCAGCAAUGGGGAGACAGCUGCUGCAACCACUACCAGGGCAACAAGGAGCUGGCCAGGCCAGGCCGAUGGUAAUGCCUGCAAUAAGCCAAGGGGUCCCCACGAUGUCUGGUUUUACUCAGCCUCCGACGCAGCAAUUGCCAGGUGGUAACUUUGCUCAGAGCGGCCAAGGCCAAGCCUACGAGAGGAAUCCCACUCAGGACAUAUCUUACAAUUACAGUAAUGAAGGAGCGGGGGGGUCAUUCUCCAGUUUAGCAGAGGGUGCAGACCUCGUGGACUCCAUCAUUAAGAGUGGACCGGGGGAUGAGUGGAUACAAGAACUUGAUGAGUUGUUUGGGAACCCCCAGUGAGUGGGCUUGUAUAGUCUGGAGCUUUGGUUGUUACGUUUGAAAAAAAACACAGAGAGUCGGAUGUGCUCCCCAUCCUUGGAUUGUUGUUUUUUUUGUUUGAAUUGGUUUGGGGUUAUUUUGUUUGUUUUCUUUUGUUUUUAAUCGUGCAAACCGAGCUGAUCUGUAGCCAACUUUGGAAGAUUCGGGUGACGAUGAAAACAUCGGUAUCACAAGACUUCCACGAGCAAUCUCCAUUGCACGGCAGCACCCGCUGCAUGGGUGUGGGGCAGGAUGGGGAAACUGGAAAAGCCAGCUGAUGCCUCGGGUUGGGAAAAUUUGGUCUUUCCCAACUGAAGUGAGGCUUCAUUGCACAAUGGUGUGGGGUGGUCCCAAUAUCUCCCACCUCAUGUAGCUGUAAAGGCCACAGCUUUCAGAGUAGCAGUUGAAAACGGCCAGGAGCAAAGCCUAAAGAAGCCCACAGGCGAUUGCGCAGGCCCUGGUCGGAAACGGGCUUAGCCCUGGGUAUAACAGGCCUCAGAGAGCCACGGACAGGCUCUGGGCUGUCAGAGAGGACACGCAGCACACAGGUGACAGACCGAAACAGUCACAGAGAGGUCACCAUUUUCACUGCAGAGUGAUAAAAAUCCAGUAAAAGUGUAGCAGAACAUAAACUUGGCAGUACAGUGAGGACAGUUUGAUUAGAGGCUGGAGACAGCUUCGGUGGGUGGGUUAACGUAACAAGCUAUUUAGUCCCCGCAGGACUUGCAGUAGCACGUCCCUGUCAGAGCACUUUGCUCUGCUGUAUCUGCUGUAUCUGCUGCUUGGGAGAGCAGAACAGCAGCCGAGAGUGGUGUUAAAGGGCUACAAGGUACCAGCGAAGGUCUUAAGCAGGUCCCUGUCUCUCUCCUCCCUCUCCCGUAUGUUUUCAUAUAUUCCCCUCCUGUCCUUCAGUGUAAAAGAAGGUAAGCUCACUGCGCUCCUUUUCAGGUGAGCGACAAACACCACAAAGGGGCAGGAAGGAGAGGAGAAGACAGGAAGGAGGGAACGUACAGGGAUGGUCUGGCAGGCAGAAAUGAGUUUCUUCUCUCCUCUUGAAAAGUGCAAGAUUGGCAGGUAGUGUUACCAUGGGGUGUCUGGGCUCUUGAUUUGACAUUAUGUGCUACCUGGUCUUCUGUUUUAAGCAGGCGUUUGGCAUAAUCUCCCUGGUUUGCUGGAAUAAAAUUCAGUGCGGUAUUUGAAAAAUGGGAACUAAGGAAGGACUACAGCAAAGAGCAUUCAUGAAUGGGUAAAAUAGUUGAUUUAGGUAUCAAAAACAUCAGGUCUGCCCAAAUAUGCUUUUAAGUAGCAGAGGUGUAUCACUGUCUCCACUAUCUAUCUCCACUGUGUGGAUCGGUGCUGAGCAGCACUGCGGUGAAGCGGUGAUAGUCUCACUGAGAUGUCAGCCAUUUUGAAUGCCUAAGGCAGCGGUUCCCAAGCCGCGGUCCGAGGGCGAGGCAAGCUGUCCUCAGAAACCUGCCACCUUUUCAGCUGAGAGCUGGCCACCAGGAUAUGUAGGGGUGCAUAAAAAAUCGUAACAGCAAUCCGCAGUCCAAAACAUUUGGGAACUGAUGCUGGCCUCCAAGAGCACAUUAUGUGCUCUGUGGUGAGAAUGACUCCAGCGUACACAUGCCAAGGCUGCAGGAGCAAGGGGCUUGGUACCUGGCAUCUCUGGGUCCUCCCUUCCCCUGCGGGGUAUUGCUGUGUAUCGCUUGGAGGUUGGGGCCAGGCGGGCCUGGGGCCACCCCAGCACCCAGAUACGUUCCCUGCUGUGCUGCGAUCCCUCGCAGGGCCUACCCAGACACGGGUUUAAAUGCUGUACUGUAGACAGGACAAGCUGUGUUUUUAACUUGGACUAGCUGGCCAAGGUGAGCUGUCAGUUCAGCUUGCCUUGACCACUCAUUUUUUCAAAAUAAUGCUUUAGUUAGCAUUCUUUUAGCUAACACCUUUUUUUAGAAGACAACACAAGGCCCCAUUCCAGUUCCUGCUGAAGAUGACAGGGCUUUGCCUGCCCGCUGCUUCAGCCAGAGCCGGGCCGGGCCCUAACGCAGUGAAGGAGAGCACCAGCCACAGUUUGCAGUCCACAACCACCUCGUGGGCAAACGGCUCUUAGCAGGACUAGCGUGAAGGAAGAGGCAGCAAGCAGUGAAGCGGACACACAGCGAAUUGCCCCGGGGCCAGGGGUUUGGAGACGCACAACCACCACCCCACAGCCCCGACCGGGCAUUCACACGCGUUAGGAAGAUGCAGGCUUUGGUGAAUGAACGCUGGUGAAUGCCGAGCCUCUGUUGUUGUAAAGCUUCCUCCAAAUACUCCGUACUGGGACCAAGUACUAGAGAGGUAGAUUUUAAUAGAUUUGGGGUUUUGUUUCUUUUUUUUUUUUCUUACUAUGGUGCUGAUGUAUAUGUAAUGUUAAAAAAAAAAAUGUUAUUUGUAAAUAUGUUUUUACAAUUCUACAGAUAUCACUGGGUCUACUAUCUGUAAAAUAUAUACAUAUAAAAAUAUAUAUAUAUACUGUUUGUUUAAAAUAGAGUAUUUUUAUUUCAUUCCUUAACUCAUCCUUACUGCAGUGGUAUUGCACUUCAGAUGACGUCUAAUUACUAAUUUGUACUGUAUCCCUGAUGGCAACUUGCUCCAUUUUAUUCAGAUUUUUCUAGUUUUCUGUUUUUACUUUGUACAUUAAGCAUUGCUUAUUUCCUUUUAAGACCUGUACAGAGCUCUGAAAAUGUAGAAAAAAACUGAUGUUAACAUACCACUUUUAAAGAAAAAAGAAAAAGGAAAAAAAAAAACAACAACAAACAAAUAAAAGAUGGUUAUCUGAGUC